AUGACCGCGUCGGCGGUGUCGUCGACGUACGCGACGACGGUCGCGCCGUCAAUGUCUACCAACGCCGCCGCCGCCGCUACUAACGCUACCGCUGCUGCCGCCGUCGCCGCCGGCUUCACUAUUACUCGUGCCGCCGUUGCUGCCGCCGCUGCCGCUGUUACCGUCGCUGCGUUCUGUACUACUACCGGUGCUGCUGCCGCAUCGACUACUACAUCAUCCGACAUUACUACCGCCGACACUACGACUACUGAUACUACUUUUACUACUACCACUACUACUAUUACUCGCUCUACUAAUUCUAACGCUACUGCGAAUAAUACUACCACCACUCCUAGUGAUACUCCGACUCGCACCGUCACCACGACCACUACGACUACUGAUACCGUAACCAUUAUUGCGUUUACCGGUGCUGCGACGACUGUUAUUACCACUACGGCGGUGGCGGCGACGACGACUCGGUGGUCAGCCGCGUUACGCCACCAUCUACACUGA